UAAUAGAGAAAGGGUGAGGGCAAAAAGGAAGGGAGAGAGAAAGAGAUAGGGAAAUAGGGAAGAGAGAGAGAGAGUGUGUGUGUGUGAGUGAGAGUGAGAGAAAGAGCGAGGGAGAGAGAGGAGAUCGGAUGCAGUGGUACGUGGUGGCAUCGCUACUCACGGUCCUCACAAGCUCCCAGGGAAUUCUAACUACUUUAUCACAGACCGACGGGACUUAUAAAUAUGAUUACGCAACUGUCCCUUUUCUUGCUGAAGUUUUUAAGCUUCUCGUGUCUGGUAUUCUUUUACGCAGAGAGUUUUUAAAGUUACCUCCGCCGUUGAUGACCAAAGAAUGGAAGACUAUUAGUUUAUACCCUAUACCUUCUAUUAUAUACCUUAUCCACAAUAAUGUUCAGUUUGCUACCUUAACAUAUGUUGAUACAUCCACAUACCAGAUUAUGGGCAAUCUCAAAAUUGUUACGACAGCAGUAUUAUUCAGGCUCUUUCUGAGGAGGAAGCUAUCUAAUCUGCAGUGGAUGGCAAUUUUCCUGUUGGCUAUAGGAACAACUACAAGCCAGGUCAAAGGAUGUGGAGAGGCUUCAUGUGAUUCACUUUUCUCAUCACCAAUUCCUGGUUACAUGCUGGGGGUGCUGUCUGCAUGUCUCUCUGCAUUGGCUGGCAUUUAUACAGAAUUUUUGUUGAAGAAAAAGAAUGAUUCAUUAUAUUGGCAGAAUGUUCAGUUAUACAUGUUUGGGGCAAUUUUCAACUUGACACGACUUAUCAUGGAUGAUUUUAGAGGAGGAUUUGAGAAAGGGCCAUGGUGGCAACGUCUUUUCAAUGGAUACAAUAUAAUAACAUGGAUGGUGGUGUUAAAUCUUGGCUCCACUGGUCUAUUAGUUUCAUGGUUAAUGAAGUAUGCGGAUAAUAUUGUGAAGGUGUAUUCAACAUCUAUGGCCAUGCUGCUGACAAUGAUUCUCUCUAUAAUCCUCUUCAAUUUCAAACCCACUUUACAGCUCUUUUUGGGUAUAAUUGUCUGCAUCAUGUCUGUACACAUGUAUUUUGCACCUCCAAACAUGCUCGUGGAUUUGCCUGUGCCAAUGAAGGCAGUUCCAGAGGAUGUAGUCGAAGUCUCCAUUGAUCGAAAAACAGAUUUAUAAGGUUAUAUCUGCAUUGACCAAUCAUAUAUUCUGGUCUACUGUUUGGGAGUCCUGAGCUUAAGAUGGAAUGUUUUGGUGUUUCAAAGGACAAGAAGAAGAGUGUGAACCUUCAGGACCAUCCACCCACAGCAUUGCCAGAAGCACCAGCCCAACUCUGUUUUUACCAACUCUGUUUUGCCAACUCUGUUUUUACCUUUUGUUACUAUUUGAUUAACAGGUUCUUGAAGUUUAUUAGCAUCAAAACAUGGCACUGAGCUACUCAAGUAUUUUAAGAUAAUUAUAUUAAAUCGUACUUAUUAUUAUUAUAUUAAUUACUUUUGUAGCAA